CGGCUCUAUUCCCUCCCUCCGCCUGCGGCUCGGUCCCGGGCGAUGUUAGUGAGCGGCACUGGGCCCAGCCGGAGCCGGGAGUGCAGGCCCUGCUGCCAUGUCCAUCUUCCAGUCGGCUUUCGACUUUCUGUCCGGGGCCCCGAGCUCGGCCGCCAGUCGCGAUCAAAACGACUUCGUGGGGCAGACAGUGGAGCUGGGCGACGUCAGGCUGCGGAUCAAGCGAGUCAUCGCCGAGGGUGGAUUUGCCUUCGUUUAUGAAGCGCAGGAUCUUGGGAAUGGAAGAGAUUAUGCUUUAAAACGGCUUCUAUCAAAUGAGGAAGAGAAAAACAAAGCAAUCAUUCAGGAAGUUUGUUUUAUGAAAAAGCUUUCAGGGCAUCCUAACAUUGUACAGUUUAGUUCAGCUGCCUCUAUAGGAAAAGAAGAAUCCGAUACUGGACAAGGAGAAUUUCUUAUACUCACAGAACUAUGUAAAGGACAGUUGGUGGAGUUUUUAAAAAAAGCUGAAGUAAAUGGCUCUCUGCCAUGUAAUACGGUGCUCAAAAUCUUUUAUCAGACCUGCCGUGGAGUACAACACAUGCACAAACAGAAACCACCAAUCAUUCACCGAGAUCUGAAAGUUGAAAAUCUUUUGGUCAGUCACCAAGGCACCAUUAAGCUUUGUGAUUUUGGCAGUGCCACAAGCAUAGCGCACUAUCCAGACUACUCCUGGACUGCACAUAGGAGAGCAAUGGUGGAAGAAGAGGUUACAAGAAAUACAACACCAAUGUACAGGACACCAGAGAUAAUAGACCUUUAUUCCAAUUAUCCAAUCAAUGAAAAACAAGAUAUUUGGGCUCUGGGUUGUAUUCUGUACCUGUUAUGCUUUAAGCAGCAUCCAUUUGAAGAUGGCGCUAAGCUUGCAAUAGUAAAUGGGAAGUACUCUAUUCCUGCAAAUGAUACAAAAUACACCGUUUUACACGAUCUCAUUUAUAAUAUGAUGAAGAUAAAUCCUAAAGAGCGAAUGACUAUCACUGAGGUUGUGAAUCAGCUGCAGGAGAUUGCUGCUGCCCGGAAUAUUAAUCUGAAAUCUCCAAUUACAGAACUCCUGGAACAGAAUGGAGGGGUAACCAACAAUGCAAUAGCAGGUUCAAAACCACACUGGAACAAGCCAGGAGGAAGUCUAAACAAUAUGCAUAAUGCAGGUGUUGACAAUGAUGUACCGCAUCCUGGAGGGUUGUUUGAUAUCCUCAAAGGUGGCACGGAACGGUUCCUGACAAACAUCAAGGAUACCUCCUCAAAGGUGAUCCAGUCAGUUGCCAAUUAUGCUAAAGGAGAUUUGGACAUUUCGUAUGUAACCACAAGAAUAGCUGUUAUGUCAUUUCCAGCUGAAGGUGUUGAGUCAGCAAUCAAGAAUAAUAUUGAAGAUGUCAGGUUGUUUCUAGAUUCCCGUCAUCCAGGUCACUAUGCUGUAUAUAAUCUGUCGCAACGAUCCUAUAGGUCCUCCAGAUUCCAUAACAGGGUUUCUGAAUGCGGUUGGCCAACAAGACGUGCUCCAAGUUUGCAAAAUCUGUACAACAUUUGCAAGAAUAUGCACUUGUGGUUGAAGCAAGAUCCAAAGAAUAUUUGUGUUGUCCAUUGUCUUGAUGGUCGAGCUGCAUCCGCAGUGGUCGUUUGUUCUUUCCUGUGCUUUUGCCGUCUCUUCACCACAGCUGAAGCUGCCGUGUACAUGUUCAGCAUGAAGAGGUCACCACCUGGUAUCUGGCCUUCUCACAAAAGAUACGUGGAAUACAUGUGUGAUAUGAUGGCUGAAGAGCCUAUAAUUCCACAUAACAAAUCUAUCCUGAUCAAGUCGAUUGUGAUGACACCGGUUCCUUUAUUUAAUAAACAGCGUAAUGCUUGUCGACCAUUCUGUGAGAUAUAUGUUGGUGAUGAUCGUGUGAUGACGACUUCUGAAGAGUAUGAUAAACUGAGGGAAUUCAAAGUGGAAGAUGGCAAGGCAGUAAUACCGCUGAGUUUAAGUAUCCAAGGCGAUGUCCUUAUUGUGAUCUUUCAUGCCAGAUCAACACUUGGAGGAAGACUGCAAGCAAAGAUGACUUCAAUGAAGAUGUUCCAGAUUCAAUUCCACACUGGAUUUGUGCCCAGAAAUGCUACCUUGGUCAAAUUUGCAAAGUAUGAUCUUGAUGCAUGUGACAUCCAGGAGAAAUACCCAGAUCUCUUCCAAGUAACUCUGGAAGUAGAGGUGGAGCCUCAAGAAAAUUCCAGAAGUAACAAUCCACCAUGGGAAAACUUCAUGACAAAGGGUCUCAAUCCCAAAAUCCUUUUCUCUAGUCGUGAAGAACAACAAGAGAUGCUUUCUAAAUUCGGAAAGCCUGAGUUGCCCAGACAGCCAGGAUCAACAGCACAGUAUGAUGCAGAGACACCCAAAUCCAACCAUGCUUCGGAGAAUACAAGUGAAGAUGAGACUUCCCAUCCAAACAGUGAGACCUCCAACAGCUUUUUUGAAACAUUAAAUUGGGAAGAGGGAAGAGAUGACUCCAGGACAGCUGAAGGACACUCUCUAGAUGAAGACGAUCCAGGCUUGGUGGAAGAAGGUGGUCCUUCAGAUGAUGAGUUUGCAGCUUUCUCUAGUGAGCGUGGAUUAGCAAGGAUUGAUGACCCUGAAAGCCCCAGUCAGCCAGAACAAACAAACGAAGUCAAUUUUUUCUUCGAAGUAGACAUUGAUGGAGCAGCAGAGCACAGUUCAGGACUACCUCCUGAGGAUAAUGUGGAUUUACUGGGGCUGAAUAGGGACGUGCAGCCAGAUGUGCCUCCUCCAGCAACGGAAAUGAAGAGUAUAUCCAGCAAUGCUGAUCUGCUGAAUGAUUUGUUUUCUGGCACCCCUGCAGCGCCUCAGGAAAGCUCCACCGACCUCAUUGGAGGAGAUGAAGAUUUCUUCUUCAGUGCAGCACCCCCACCACCAGUGGAACCAGUUCCUGCAGCCCCUCUGCUGCACACUUCAGCAGCAGACUCCUUUGAUCCAUUUGCUACUGAAUUGUCAACAGCCAAGUCAGAUCAACCCGAGCCAGAUUUAUUUGGGCAGUUUUUCAAUCCGAAUCCUCCAGCUUUUUCGGCCACAAAUGGUCUGCCCCAUCCAUCGUCCAGCUCAGAUUUCUUCAGUGUGGGGGCUGCAGCACCAGCAGGGACUUCAGAAGUUUCAUCUUCUGCCAGUCAGCCGGACUUGAUGAGUGGCUGGGAUAUGUGGACCACCAGCACUAACACAGUUCCACAACAGAAUAACAAAGUUGCCUUUGGUACUACUGUACAAAGUUUUACUUCAACCUCUGCGCCUGAUCCUUCAUCAAGUACAUCGUUUAGUCAAUCUAAGUCGCAGAGCUUUGAUCCAUUUGCUGAUAUCGGUAACCUUGGUUCAAGUUUAUCAGGUUCUGUGAGUGGAAAUUUUACAUCUGGCGGGACGAGCACUCCGAAGUCUGCCCAGCCAACAAAGGGCAGUGGUUCUUGGCAACCUGGUAGAACAUUGGGAAGCAAUACAGCAUCACGACAACAGACACCACAUCCAAAACCAUCUCAGCCAAAGCCAGCAGCCCAAAACAAACCCAACUACAAUGUGAAUUUUAGUGUGAUUGGAAGUCGGGAGGAACGAGGUAUUCGAGGGCCUGGAUUUGGACCAAAACCAAAAGUAUCUGCAAAUGACUUUCAGGAUCUGUUAUCAGAUCAGGGUUUUUCCAGUACAUCAGAUAAAAAAGGACCAAAAACUAUUGCAGAAAUGCGGAGAGAAGAGAUGACGAAAGAAAUGGAUCCUCUAAAACUGAAGAUCUUUGACUGGAUUGAAGGAAAAGAGAGAAACAUAAGAGCAUUAUUGUCAACUCUACACACAGUACUAUGGGAAGGAGAAACCAAAUGGAAACCUGUCAGCAUGGCGGAUAUAGUACACCCAGACCAGGUGAAGAAAGUCUAUAGGAAAGCAAUACUUGUGGUUCAUCCUGACAAGGCCACAGGUGAGCCGUAUGAACAGUAUGCCAAAAUGAUCUUCAUGGAACUGAAUGAUGCUUGGUCAGAAUUUGAAAACCAGGGGUCAAAGGCACUCUUCUGAAAUCCUGAACUUCUAGAAAUGAUGAAUGAUGCUGAUCAAAGUGCUAGUCGGUAUUCCCUUCACCAGGAACAACACUGCAAAGGAUCAUAUCUUCAGGUGUCUUCAAACUUCAUGCUCAUGGAAUGUUUACUGCAGAUUGCAGUUUAAAACACACAGUUUUUUCACAAUUGUUUUUUGAUGCACUUCCUGCAUCAUGAAGGCAAUCCUACACUGCUACAGGAUGAUGGCAGGGGUCAGAAAACCGCUUUUUUAACUUUUAAGCUAUUGCAGUAAAUUGGCUUUUGAAACCUAUGUCAAAAUCUAGUUUGUUCUUUGAUACUGAGGUGAAAAUGUUUCAAGUCAUCAGUAGAAGAAUUAAAUGAUGUGAGGUCCAGUUCUAAAAAUAUAUAGUUGUAGACUUAGGUGAGAUAGUCAACAAUCCUUUACCUUUAAAAAUUGGAAAGGAAGCAUUCCAGUUGGCAGACAGCAUGCCUCUUCUCAUCUUCUCCAGCCUUUGUUUAUAUGUUUACCAUGUCUGUCUGUUUAUCAUGCCAGCACUCUUUUUUGUUUGUUUAAUUUCCACCCGAAAGGCUCUUGGCUAGAAUUGAUGUUCAUUUUCUUUGUUUAUAUGGGUAAUAAUUUAUCUUUUGGAAAUUAGAGAUUUCUAUGAGCAAGUCCUUGCUUACUCAUUUAUUGAUUUAUGUAAUAAUGUAAAUUUGCUGUUUGUGAUUCUUUUAUGUGUUGUGAAAUAUUAUGUUGCCAUACUUUGAAGCAUUAAGCUGAGAGAGGUCAAUGACCACAUUCUAAGGUACAGCACAUCAAUGCUGUAACUUUUAGCUGGUGAAUGAGGUCAAGUGUUGACCUGCGGUUGUGGAAAAUGAUUUGCAUUAACUUGAAGUGAAGUGAAUGUUAGAUUUAUCUUAUUAAAAUUUGAGUGUUUCCAGUUUGCAUUCCAACCAUCGUUAGUGUCCGUUGAGCACCAAUUUCCAGGAGGUGAAAUUUAGGAAGAUUUUUCAUUUGUGUAUGAAAGGAGACUGUUUGCUGUACUUUUCAUUCAAGUAUCUUGUCUCACGUGGUCCUUUCUUUCUAGAAGAAUUUGAGCAGUUGAGCAGUUUUCUGUUCUGGGGAGAAAUUCUAAAUGCAUGAAUGCCAAUGUCAUUCAGAGCUGAUACUGAAUUACAGGAUUAAAGGUCCAUGAUCUGGUUUCUGAUUUUUAAAGUUGGUUUGGAUUCAUCUCAAUAAAGUAUUUUGAACUGAAGUGAUUUGCAUUUUAGUGGAUUUGGUGCACUGUUUUAAUUUAUAUUGUGGGAACUAACAGUUCCUGCAGAAUGGAGUUAUCUUGUCCUAGAAUUGAUGCAACGUGACAGAAAUCACAUUUAUAAAUCUGAAUCAAUUAGGCAUAAAUUUCUUUUGAAAAAUAGGUUAUUGAUAUAUCUGUUUACAUAAAAUAAGAGUUAAUUACUUGAUUGUUGGGUAAUGAAGAAAAAUGAGAAUCUGUAUUGCAAAUAUUUUCUAAUAUGGCAUAUUGACAUAUUGUUGUUUAAUGUGUUACUCCCACUAGCCCAUGUUAUUCUAAUGAUUUGUGACUCACUGUUGUUUGUUUGUUUGUAAUUUGAUGACUCCAUACAUUAUAUUUCAGCCAAGAGGGAAGAAAGAAAUAGUUCAUACAACUACUUAUCCACUAAUAGUGGAGUUGUGUAUUAGAGAAGUAUAUCUGCCAUUUGAUAUAUUUUCACCAGUCUGCUUUGAUUGGCAACCAAGAAGAGCAAGGAUAACAUGAUCCAACAUCCACAAUUUGAAUUUUAAGUGUCAUCUUGUAUUGGGAAUUCAAACCCACAUAUUCAACAAGCGAAGUCCAGUGCAGAUCCUGACAAUAUGAUGUUAGACCACUAAGUAUUUAACAGAAAGCCACAUUUAUGAUAUUGCUGUGCUGAAGAACUUUAACAUUAUGAGGCCAUGUGUAGUUUGAAAGAGUUUUUCAGACAGGCAGAUGUUUAUCACGUAACUGAGAAUAAUAAUGAACAGAGAUAAUGCAGUGGCAUACAAGAUGAUGUCAAAGCUGAGCAGUUAACGUGCGAUAAACACUACAACUGAACUAAGCAGGUACAGCAUCCUUUUUGGUAUUAAUUUGAAAGAGUGUGGCUGAAAUACUUCCUGAGAGUACACAGCAUGCAGAAGCAAGAUCUAAAAUUUUCAUAAGUUUGUAUAUCUUGGCAUUGUUUAAUGAAGGAUACAUUAUGUAAUUUUUUUUUCUCUGGGAACAAAGAGUUAAAUAGCAAGUGAUAAAUAGCAGGAGCCUUGCAUUACUAGAUGGACACUCCUUAAAUGGCAGAUAUAGAGCACUGCAGCCAUUUUAUAGUUUAGGAGCAAAUUUCAAGUGCAAAAUGCAAAACAUUUGUGCUUCUAUUUACCUUACCUUAUGGGAAAAAUUUGAUUGCACAAUUACUUUUUAAAUCUAAUAUGAUCUUCAUGUGUGUAAUUCUUAGGGGAUAUAUUGAAGGGAUUACAUAAAAUCUUAUUUUGGACAGUUAUCAGAAAAUGUUACACAAGGUGAAUUUUUAAUAUGGAAAUAUUGUAUUAUCUAUAAAUUGUACAACACCCUAUAUGUAUAUAUAGAACAAACAGAAUUGAUGCCUCAAACAUUGUAAGAAGGGGUUUGUGUAAGAAACAUAAUGGAGACUUUGUUAAUUUAGUCACAUACUUUAUCUGAAAUAAGUGUCUUAUUUGUGAAUGACAUUAAUGGCUAAUAAAAUAAGAUUGAUUU